AUGGGUGCCCUUAAGUACGUUGAGGAGCUUCAGAAGAAGAAGCAGAGCGAUGUUCUGCAGUUCCUCCUGCGAGUCCGCUGCUGGGAACUCCGUCAAUUGAACGUCAUCCACCGUGCCUCGCGCCCCUCGCGCCCCGACAAGGCUCGCCGUCUCGGAUACAAGGCCAAGCAGGGUUAUGUCAUCUACCGUGUCCGUGUCCGCCGCGGUGGCCGCAAGCGACCCGUCCCCAAGGGUGCCACUUACGGCAAGCCCACCAACCAGGGUGUGAACCAGCUCAAGUACCAGCGCUCCCUCAAGGCCACCGCCGAGGAGCGUGUCGGCCGUCGCUGCGCCAACUUGCGCGUCCUGAACUCCUACUGGAUCAACCAGGACUCCACCUACAAGUACUACGAGGUCAUCCUCGUUGACCCCCAGCACAAGGCCAUCCGCAUCGACCCCCGCAUCAACUGGAUCGUCAACCCCGUCCACAAGCACCGCGAGGCUCGUGGCCUUACUGCUACUGGCAAGAAGUCCCGUGGUCUCAACAAGGGCCACCGCUACACCAAGACCAAGGCCGGCCGCAGAAAGACCUGGAAGAAGAACAACACCCUGUCCCUGUGGCGCUACCGAUAA